UUUCUCUUCAAGUUCUUUUUCUUGUCUUAUCUUUAAUAAGAAUAUGAUAAAAGUCUUCAAUACAUUCUAAUAAUAUGGAUGUCAUCGAAAACCUGGGUAAAUGUGGGAAAGUAUAUUUCCAACUGUUCAGGAAUAAUGACGUUAGUAAAUAAUCUCAUUAGGAAAUGGAAGAAACAGUCACAUUGAGCUGUUUCCUACUUCAGGGCUUUUGCAGUUGCUGUCCCCUUUUUCUGAAAUGUUGUUACUCCUUCUCAUAGCUCAACAUCCAGGUCUCAGCUCAAAUGUCACCUUCUUGGAGAGGCUUUCCUGCUUCAGUUUAAUUCUCCCACCACAACUUUGCUGCAUAUCCCAUUACUUAAUUUCCAUUAAACUGUAAACAUUCCUUAGUUUAAAUUUCUUCUUAGCAUGUAUCAUGACCUGAAGUCACUUAUUUGUCACUUCUGUUCUGGUUUAUUUAUCUCCCCAGCUAGAUUGUGAACUCCAAAGAGUGGGGACCUUGUUGGUCUUUUUCACCACUAAGAUUAGUGCCCAAUGGAUGUGGAAGGAAAGUGAGAAAGCAAAAUUGUCAUACUUAUGAGAACAAAACAACUUAAUAGGUAGAUUUUUUGGGAACAGCUUGAGGGAGUAGAGCAUUCAAAAUUCAAUUAAAGUAGAAACAUUGCUGCAGUGCGCUACCCUUGGUAUUUGAUUUGUAAUUGUUCAUCCAAAGUGCUGCUUGUUACGAGUUGUGAUUGUCAAUAUCAUAACUUUGGGAACUGAGGCAGGUAGUACCUAGGGGAUGCUCUUUUCCAGACUUCAGAACCUUGGCAUCAAACACACUUCUGUCAUACCAGUUAUAUUAGGAUGUUUUGGCUUCAAAGUAUUAAAAUAUUGACUCUAACUGGGCCAAAGCAUAAGUCUCAUGGGAGGACUGGAUCAGGAUUUGUUGUUUCACCAGUACAAAAUGCCAUCAAAAACUUAAGUUCUCUCCAUCUCUGUGUUCUGCCAUCAUUGGAUGUCAUCCUAUCCAGGCAGGGCAAUGUCUGAGGAAGACGAGAAUGCUGCCUUUCUUUUCCUGAACUUGCCCCAGCAGCCUUCCUCUAGGAUCUCAUGGACUAUUUUUGGGUACAUAUCCAUUGUUGAACUAGUCAUUGGUGAGGGAAUGAGAUUAUGCACAACAAUCAGGCUUGACCCUGAGCUGGAGGGUUGUAUCCUUUUCCCAUGAGGUAUGUGGACCGCUUGGAGGAAUGGCAAGCAUCUGAACAAAAUUGAAGUUCUUUUGAGAAGGGAGAAGGGGUGGGGGAAGUGCUGUAUAUUUCAUCUAUUGUUGCUGUGUUUGGAAGCAGUAGCUAAUGAUUUUGUUAAAACUUUUUCUCCUAAGUUUUAUACUGUUUGGUCUGAUGGGUAAAGAUUGGUCAAGAUACUAGAGGUUGAUGAGCAGACUGGAGACCCAUGCAGUUACAAUUCUUUGGAUUAAAUCCAAGCUUCUGCUCAAAAGUUUAAGGAGGAACUCCUGUUUCAGUAUGCGGUAGCUGCUGCUAAUCAAGAGGGAAACCCAGAGGGAAAGGCUCAAUUGGGCUCCUCUUUCAGCUGUUUUAAUCCCGUGCCCUGUCUUUAGAGAAGUGCAGUCUCUUCUGUAGAACCCAUCUCAUUUCACGUGCUUCUUUAUUGCUUUAUCCUAUCCUUCUUCUUCAAAGUCUAAGAAAAAAGUUUAGGGAUAGUUUGGGAAGUUGAAAGAGGAAGAGAGUGAGUUGUUAGAAUGGAGGGAGUGGGCAGCAUUCCAUUUCUUGUUCACUUCUGCUAUAUGCUGUCUUCAUAAUGAUCAAAGUAAUUUUUGCCUUUUAUCUAAUUCUUUGCUUGGAGCUUUUUUAUGUCCCAUGACAGGUUAAGAACAGAAUAGAUGAGAUAAUGGGAAUGAAGAUAUGUUCAAAACUCCACAGCCUCUAUGCUAUUACCAAUUACAACAUAUAAUGUGGCUGAAAUGCAAGGGGAUAUCAAGCCAGAAAAUAUCUUGAGAGUCUGAACUGAAGAGUUUUUGUUCUAGAAAUAUACUGAUCAUCCUUGGCUUCUCCUCUAUCAUGGCUGUGAUUGCUUUGAUCGCUGUGGGGCUGACCCAGAACAAACCAUUGCCAGAAAAUGUUAAGUAUGGGAUUGUGCUGGAUGCAGGCUCUUCUCACACGAGUUUGUACAUCUAUAAGUGGCCAGCGGAAAAGGAGAAUGACACAGGGGUGGUGCACCAGAUAGAAGAGUGCAAGCUGAAAGGUCCCGGAAUCUCAAGAUAUGCUCAAAGAUUAAACGAAAUAGAUGCUUAUCUGACUGAAUGCAUGGAAAGAGCCAGUCAAGUGAUUCCAAAGUCCCAGCACCAAGGGACGCCUGUUUACCUGGGAGCUACGGCAGGCAUGCGGUUGCUCAGGAUGGAAAAUGAACAGUUGGCAGACAAAGUCCUGAGUGUGGUGACCAAGAGCCUCAACAACUACCACUUUGACUUCCAUGGUGCUAGAAUCAUCACUGGCCAAGAGGAAGGUGCCUAUGGCUGGAUUACUAUCAACUAUCUGCUGGGAAAAUUCACUCAGAAACUGAGUUGGCUCAACCUGAAGCCAAAUGGAGGCAAUUCUCAGGGAACCUAUGGAGCUUUAGACCUUGGGGGAGCCUCUACACAAAUCACUUUUGUGCCCCAAAACGAGAGGAUUGAGUCUCCAAGCAACGCUCUGCACUUUCGCCUCUAUGGCAAGGACUACAGCGUGUACACGCACAGCUUCUUAUGCUAUGGGAAGGAUCAAGCGCUCAGGCAGAAACUGGCCAAGGACAUUCAGGGUACAAAUGGAAUCCUCAGGGACCCAUGCUUUCACCCUGGAUAUGAAAUAGUAAUGAAUGUAAGUGAACUUUACAGUGGCCCCUGCACCAAGAAAUUUGAGAUGACUCUUCCAUUCGAUCAGUUUCAAAUCCAAGGCACUGGAAACUAUCAACAAUGCCAUGAAAGCAUCCUUGAACUCUUCAACACUAGUUACUGCCCUUACUCCCACUGUUCCUUCAAUGGGAUUUUCUUGCCACCACUUCACGGGGAUUUUGGGGCAUUUUCAGCUUAUUACUAUGUGAUGGAGUUUUUAAACUUUACAUCGGAGGAAACCCCUACUCAGGAAAAGGUGAUCGACAGUAUGGAAAAGUUCUGCUCUCAGCCUUGGAAAGAGCUGAAGGCAUAUUUUGGUGAUGUGAAGGAGAAGUACCUGAGUGAAUAUUGCUUUUCUGGAGCCUAUAUCCUCUCUCUCCUUCUGAAUGGCUAUCAUUUCACAGCUGAUUCCUGGAAGAAUAUUCAUUUCAUGGGCAAGAUCCACAGCAGCAGUGUCGGUUGGACUCUGGGCUACAUGCUGAACCUGACCAACAUGAUCCCCGCUGAGGAGCCGCUGUCCACACCUCUCUCCCACUCCACAUAUGUCUUCCUCAUGGUCCUCUUCUCCCUGAUCCUGGUUGCAGUGGCCAUCAUAGGCUUGUUUAUCUUUCACAAGCCUUCGUAUUUCUGGAAAGACAUGGUAUAGCAGGAGCAGCUGAAAUCUGCUGGCUGGAGAAAAAAACUUGCCCAGGGAGCAUUUUCCUCCACAGUGGUGUACAAAGUCAUCCCUCCUUGCUCACCAAGGCCAGUCUUGACCAGCACGGAGCUUCCCUGGCUUUUGCUGCAGCCUUUCCAUGGGAGGUAUUCACCACCACCUGCCUCAAGGACUACCCUGCAGACGUCGUCUCUUUUGUGAGUCCUUCCCAUCUCCCCUUUUCUCUUUUGUACUCUGUGCUUGUGUAGGUCUGGAAGACCUGCUGCCUUUCAUGAUCUUAGCUCUAUAAAAGAACAAUCCUGACUUUGUCCUGAAGAACUGAGGGUCCUGCAUCCUGCGCUGGGAAGCUGUGCUGGCUAAAAGAAUCUCAGGAACCGGUUCAGCUGUACUCACAAAGACCCUUUCUUUCUCCUGUUGCCCAUUUAUUAAGAACGCCAUACAAUGCCUCUGGAGAGGGCAAACACACAUCUCAUUCCCAGCCUGCUGUUUGCACAGGAGAAUUUUCUAGACGAGACAAAUAUGUGCUAGAGCCAAAGAGUCUCGCAAGGGAAUUUAUGUGCUUGUGUAAUUAAUACAAUACUUGAGCCAAUCCAAAACAGGGAUGUGGAUGAGUUACAUGUUCCUCGGUGAUGCCAAAAUGCUACAGAACAGGACCCCCAGACCAGAGAUUUUUUUUUAAAAGCUGAUGUGACAUAUAAGCAUUCAGAUAUAAGGGCAUACUACAUGGUAGGUAAACAUGUCAGGAAGAAAAAUACAAUUACAAUGAAGAAUUUGGAAAAUGCAGCCUUCAGUGUAUCUAUUGGGCUUUUAUUUUUAUUGUAAUAAAAAUACAUAUAACAUGGAGUUCACCAUUUUAAUGUGUACAAUUCAAUUGCAUUUAGCAUAUUCACAGUGUUGUGCAACCAUCACCACUAUCUAAUUCCAGAAUAUUUUGCCCACCCAGAAAUUAGCUGGAGACAAGACCACCCCUGGGUGGGUUCAAACCAUCAACCUUCUAGUUAAUAGCCAAAUAUGCUAAUCAAUUGCACCACAAGAUGCCCACUGAGUUUUAAAGCCACUCCAGGCCUUACUGUCACAGGGUUUAAUUUAGUGAGAGCUACAGCAUGCCUUUUCACUGCCAUGGCAUUUACUCAUCAAAGUGUGCCAGGAACCAGGUCUGAAAGUGUUGUUGCCACUCCUGUCACACAAGAAUGGGAUCUCUUUACUUAUUCCAUGGACUAUUUUGUGGGAGAAGCAGCAGCUAUGGGCCUUGUCACAUAAACGUGAAGAGACCCUGUACCUUCUUCCUUUAAUGACUGCUAUAAGAGUUACCUGUUGAGUAGCGUGGAGUGGUGAUGUGUUACUCUGACGUUGUCCCAAGCUCCCAUCUCUGGAUCUGGGGACGACUGUUGAGCUGAUGCAGGGAGGAGGUGGGGUGGGGGAGGAAAAGCUUUCCCACAAACUGGAAGCCAAAUGCCCUUAUAUGUCUUGGAUAACUAAGUCAUUUUUUUUACAACAUCCAGGUGAAUACAAGCUUAAUAAAACUGAGAACAGGAACUUUCUCUUUUCUGCUACUCACAGUUGAACUUGUUGUACUUUGAUUAGGAAUAAGAAGCCAAGUUUGGGCACGUUUAAACUCUUUUUAUUAGAAGUGGCUCUGUUGUCACAGCUAGUAUUUAUGGAGCAUUUGUUGU